AUGAGAAGUAGCUAUGGCUUGCACAUUGGUUACCACAAAGCAUGGCGUUCCCUCCAACACGUUUAUAAUGUCAUAAGAGGAAGCCCAGAAAAUAACUACACACUUCUACCGCAAUAUCUUCACAUGAUGAAAUUAAGAAAUCGUGGAACAGUUGCUAACAUCAAAUGGACCGCUGACAAUAAGUUUAAAUAUGCUUUUUUCGCGUAUGGAGCAUCAAUUGAGGGUUGGAAACACUGCAGACCAGUAAUGAUGGUGGAUGCAACCUUCUUGAAAUCAAAAUACCGCGGUGUGCUCAUGGUAGCAGUAGCAAAAGAUGGAAACAACAACAUAUUUCCUCUCGCAUUUGGUAUUGCAGACUCUGAGAAUAAUGAAUCCUACAGGUGGUUCUUCAGACACGUGAAAAAGGUGUUUGGCACGCCCAAAGACCUAUCAAUUCUUUUCGAUCGCCACUCGUCAAUUGCAACUGUAAUCAAAGAACUGUAUCCAGAUACCUAG